ACGUAUUUUGAAGGCGCACUCUUUACGAUGGCAACAUGGUCGGUAGAUAUAGCUGAAGUUGAAGAAAUGAAUGACCCAGGAGCCGCUCCUUAUGGCAACUUUAUCAACUAUUACACAUUCAAUCCUCCGGAGAACCGUCUGAGCCUGAUUCCCGCCACUUUACUGCAGGAUUUAGGCCUCAAAGACGGCCUUCAGAACACACUGAUCCUGGACGUGGGCUGUAACUCUGGGGAUCUGAGUGUGGCCUUCUACAAACAUCUGGUGCCUGUGUCUGAACAAGAGUCAGACAGGAGGAAAGUUAAUCUCCUGGGCUUCGACUUGGAUGAGACUCUCAUCCAGCGGGCUCAGCAGAGCAACCCUCUGCCCAGCAGCAUCUCCUUCAUCCCUCUGGACAUCACCAAAGACGCUGACCAGCUGCAGGAUUACCUCAACCAGCACGGCGGCUCCCACUUCCACCUGUGUCUGUGCCUGGCCGUCACCAUGUGGGUGCACCUGAACCACGGAGACGCCGGCCUGCUGCAGCUGCUCUCCCACCUGGCCUCCAUCAGCCAGCACCUCCUGCUGGAGGCUCAGCCCUGGAAGUGCUACCGCUCUGCAGCACGGAGGCUGAGGAAGCUGGGCCGCUCAGACUUUGACCACUUCAAGAGUCUGAAGAUCCGCGGGGACGUAGCAGAACAGGCCAGGGAGCAUCUGGAGAGACACUGUGGCAUGGAGCUCAUCCAGAGCUUCGGCAGCACCACCUGGGACAGAAAGCUGCUGCUCUUCAAAAGGGCUGCAGGUAUAUGAUCAGGAAGACCAAAAACUAACAUUUCAUGGAAUGGGAAGGAUUAAAGUUCAAUUGUUAAUCUGCAAUGAUUAUAAAGGUUUAUUGUUUAAAUCACUUUAAGAAAUGCCUAACCAUUUCUGGACGAUUUGACGAUCACCGUUUGUUUGUCCUCAAUGACGGUAAACUGAGUAUUUUUGUUCCCUUGGUUGGGAUAAACAAGCUAAUUGAAAAUGCAACUCUGCUCUGGCAACUGCUGAGUGACAUUCUUCAUAUAUUUGUCUACUGAACUAUUAAAAAAAUGAGGCUGCAAUCUAUUUA